AUGCCCAGGAAAAAGCAAAAUGAAUGUGGAACAAACAAACAAGAGAUUAUUAACAUAGAAACAAAAUCUUCCACAUUUCAAGAGAAGCAGAGUCCCUCCAAGACAGACCAGACAUCUACUGUGUGGAGAAAAGAACAGAAAAAACAGGAACUGAAAGUUCACACAGAAUUACAACCCCAACACAAGACUGGGUUCAAUGAAGACAAAGGAACAGAUCCCUGGUUGACAACAUGGCGAAUAAUAACUGUCAUCCUAGGAACCUCAUGUAUUAUUUUGGUGACAAAAGUGGGCUUCUUGAUUCCAAACUUAUUUUCUAGGGGAGAAAAGCAAAGCAGAGAGCUCUCCCUUCUGGAUUCUCCGUGUCUUCAGAAUAAUGACUCCUUCUGUGAUCCUUGUUCCCAUGACUGGAUUGCUUUUGGAAACAAUUUCUAUCUCUUUUUUCGUGGAACCAAAACCUGGGCAGAGAGUAAGUCUGCCUGUGAGGAACUGAAUACUCAUCUUCUGGACAUAGACUCCAGAGCAGAGCUGGAAAACUUGUUAUUGUUUGAAAUUAAUGGGUGGAUUCUUAUCAAAAUGGAUGGAACCAACAGGUACUCACUGUGGAAAAAUGUCAUUAAAAUACAGCAUACCCUAUUAAACGAUUCAGAAAAGAAGAUUUAUAGCUGUCAUUAUCUGCGUGGAAGCCAAUUCAUUGCUGGUGACUGUUCAUCUAAGAAACCAUAUACCUGUGAAUUUAAUAUAAUUUAA